ACACACCUCCUCCCCUCAGGCCCGGGAGAGCCGCCGCCGCCCACAUAAGGACGGUCGGGUUUCUUUCCCGUCUCCUGUCACCGAGGGAGAGUCUGUGAGUCGGUGUCGGUGCUGGCGGACAGGCUGGGACAGCUCCAAAGAUACUCGGGCACCAACCGCAGGCAAAGGCAAGAGAAACCAGCCCGACUCUUUAAAAUAUCCAGCUGCAAAAAUGUAUCUAAAACCUCUUCAACAUUUCAAGACAAGCGCGUGAAGUUGGAAGUUAACUUUACCUGAAGUUGCUGUCAAGAUGAAGAGCCGCGCUUCGUAAGCAGAGCGGACAAGAUGGGAAAAUGGGAGCUGACCAUGAAUCCAGUGCAGGAGUGGGGUGAGGAGAAGGAGGACGGCGUGGUGUACGGGGUGACGCUGCGCCGGGAGCCGGACCCGUCCUCGCCCGGCCCCAGCGAGACGAGCUCCUGCUGCGGUUUUGUCCAGUACCGGACCUGCAAGGUGCGGCGUCUGAAGGCCGCCACCCUGGACUUGCUCAUAAGUCACCUGCUGGACAGCAGCAGCAGCCAGGAUCCGGACUACAGCCGGAUCUUCCUCUCCACCUACCGGACCUACACCAGCACCACGGCGCUCGUAGAGCUGCUCUUCCAGAGGGACAGCGUCUCUUCAGAUGUGGACAACGCGGGUUACUGCAGGAGCCUCCUGUUGACCUUCAUCCAGACGUGGUUGGAUGAGUACAGCGAGGACUUCAGGGACCCUCCGCUGCACCCGGCUCUCCACCUGCUGCUGGAUCACCUGAGGAUCAGCUCCGCCGUGCAAGGCGGCAUGCGCAGCCAGCCGAACUUCUGCUCACUGGCUGGACAAGCCGAGGAGCUGCUCAGAAAGUUCCAGAAAGAUGGAGGAGCAUUGUCGAAUGCUGCUGGUCUUGACCAAGGGGAGGAAGAGUCUGCCAGUGAGGAUUCAGGAUGUGAAACCUCUCUGGAUCAGGGCAGCAUCAUGGAUUUCUCCGCCUCAGCCAUCGCUGAGCAGCUCACUCAAAUGGACUCUGCCCUGUUUGUCAAAGUGGUGCCCUACCAGUGUCUGGGCUGUGUGUGGUCCCAGAGAGAUAAGAAGGAAAACAUGUCUCCCACCAUCCGAGCCACCAUCGCGCAGUUCAACGCGUUGACCAACAGGGUUAUCGUGUCGCUGCUCUCCCAGUCUGCAGAACCAGCUAACGGCUCCUCUGGGUCGCCUCCUACAACUCCAGCCCAGAGGGCGCGCGUCAUUGAGAAGUGGAUCAAAGUGGCACAGGAAUGUCGUCGCUUGAAGAACUUCUCCUCCCUCAAGGCGAUCCUUUCUGCCCUGCACUCGAAUGCCGUCUACAGGCUGAGGAAGACCUGGGCAGCCGUCAGCAGAGACAGCACUGCCACGUUCGAUAAUCUCUGGGAGACGUUCCCGGACGAGAACUGUGUUCUGACCAACAGAGAGCUCCUGGUGGAGGACGGAAGCCAAGCCAAUGUGGAUAAUGUUUCUCCAAAGUUAAGCAAGAAGUGUCAACUCCCCCGGCAGAUGAGUACCUCAAGUGGAGUGGUUCCUUACCUGGGCACCUAUCUGACCGUCCUCACCAUGUUGGACACGGCUCUACCUGACACCACAGAGGAUGGACUUAUAAACUUUGAGAAGAGGAGGAGGGAGUUUGACGUCUUGUCGCAGAUCCGCGUGCUGCAGGCGUCCUGUUCCCAGUACAAGCUCCCCAAACAUCCCAAAAUCGCCGCUUGGCUGCACGGACACAGACUGCUCACAGAUCAGGAGAGCUAUGAAAUGUCAAAGCAGCUGGAGCCUCCGGUGGACGCUUGUUCACCGAAUUCCUGGAGCAACCGCUCUAUCACAAAGAAACUCUCCUUCUUCAGGUCGGUGAGUGAGACCGCUAAGAAACUCCCCGCUGACCAGAUCAGCCUCUCAUCCUCUGGAUCCAGUGGAUCUGAGAUGGAAGAUCUUUCUUCCCCAAACACAACAUGUUCUAUUAAACUACAGUCCUUCCACAGCUCCUACAACAACGUAUCUGAGGCCUUCUCUUCCUCCUCCUCUUCCUCGUCCUUCCCUUGCCCCUCAGCUGCUUCCUCUCUAGAGUCUCCGUCUGGUUCCUCGUCAGACUGCAGCGCCAACCUGUGUGGUACAGAGCCAGCCGCCGCUGCCGCCCGACCCGGCGCUCACCCGUCCCCCCACCACAAGCGCUCCGUUUCCAUGACGUCCCUGCCCAUGUACAACCGGCAGGGCUGCGACUCCUGCAUCAUCCGGGUCAGUGUGGACCUGGGACUCGACAACGGCAACAUGUACAAAAGCAUCCUGCUGACCAGUCAGGAUAAAACGGCCCAGGUGAUCCAGAGGGCUUUGGAGAAGCAUCACCUGGAGCACAUGAACCCGCAGGACUUCACCCUGUCCCAGAUCAUGUCGCAGCAGAAAGAGUUGCUUGUGCCGGACAAAGCCAACGUCUUCUACGCCAUGUCCACGAUGGCUAACUUCGAUUUCGUCCUGCGCUUGUAUCGCAAAGGCCAGAAGCAGCCGCUGAGACAAACCGCCAGUCUCGGCUGGUUCGCCAGGUGAGGCCCGCUAAGCCAAGCCGAUUGGAUCGAUCGGUUCCUGGGAAAACGGGCUUCGACUCAUAAAAGGUGGCUUUCCGAACUCUAUGGUUCGUUGCUUUGCACCAAAAGGAAUGAAAGCAGAAUGCGUUUAAGGAAGCUUACAAGAUUCUGACAAGAAAAAAAGCACUUUAGUGAUGGAA